AGCUACGUCAUCAGCCAGCCAGGUUUCAAUCCCAUCACACUUUUGUUCCACACAUUUUUGCAUACGUAUAUGUACAUACAUAAUGUCUUGCAUUUCAUUACAUGUACGUACUUAUUAUAGUACUUGAUAUAUGCUUUUCAAAGAUUACGUUUCAUUUUUGGUGACCAAGUCCAUAUAUAAAUAUAUUUCUCUAUCUUAUUGUUUUUUAGAGUUUAUUCUUUGUUAUAAUAUUAUAUAAUAGCAAGUUUUGUGUACCACUGUGUUACAAAUACAAUUACAUUCUCGGAACUAGCGCACUCUAGCAGGGAUGUUUCACUACACAUAAGGUUAGAUUAGGUUGUUGUGCUUGCCAGCAAGUUUCUAGAGGUAUUCUUUAUGAGAAGGUAGUCUUUGUCACGAGACAAGAAAAAAUUGUUAUCAACAUAGAACAUUAUCUUGCAGUCAAUGGAGAAAAAUAUUUGUUACUUUGGUUAUAUUCACAUAUAUUUUGUUUUAGUUCAGGAUCUCUCUGCAUUGGAAGAUUUUUAAUUUGGCCCUUUGAAGAGAAUAACAUGCUAUUUAUAGAGACCUGUGCGGCAUUAUGUAAUUCUGUAUAAGUGUACAGCAGGACCUGUGAAAACAAUGGAUGUCAGUACAUUGUCUUCAUCAAAAAAUGUGCCAAGGCUGUUCAGGAACCAUAGAAUUGAAAGUCAGUGGGGACCGCAUUAUUAUGGAGCUGUAAAAUCGGCUGUGUUUAUAAGGUUCUGCUUUCCUUACACACCAAUAGAACCACCGGCAACUCUGAGUGAAGAAAUUGUGGAAUCUGAUCCACUUUAUGUGUGUGAUCAGUGCAAAGAUUGUUUUCGCUUUGAGAGCAGCUUUGAGGAUCACAUUAAACGGCGCAGUUGGAUCUUAGGAUUUUGGUGUCACGUGUGCUUCAUAACUGUUUGUACUCACAGAACCGCAACAGGUGCAGCAUGUCUCUUAUGCCUAAAAAAAGAUAGUGACAAACGCGCAUAUUUGAGGACGAGAGGGUUUACAAAAAAUCAGAAGUUGGGAACAAUGAAGGUAUUUUAUAACCAGUGCCAAUUUUUCAAACAUCUGGAAAUGCAUAAGUGCAACUCGGUAGAUUUGGGUAACUUAAUGUUAAUGCCUUUACCCGCUGCGCUGAUGGAUAGUGAUUGGUCUCCCGAACUUGAGAUAGCGUGCGAAGCACUUAUGGAACACACAUUCUUGUCCCGUGUACAUAUUAAUGAUUGGUUAAGAACGUAUAACUUGGAAAAUACGUGGUGGAAGCUAAUCAAUGACAAAAGCAAUAAUCUAAUUUUUAAAGUUGUCAAAGGUUACAAGGGUCGACAAGUAUUUAGAACGUUAGAAGAGUCUGAUCAUUUUGCUGAUUCUACUUUUAUCGAUACUCUUCUUUCUGAAAGCACAUGUUCUCUUAAUAAUGAAUCAGCUAAUCGCGUAAAAAAUGAGACAAAUAAUACUUCUGAUGAUACAUCAGAAAAUGAAGAUAAUCCUUGUACGUCAAAUGGGAUUACUUUCAUAGAUUGCGGUGAGGCUGCAAAAGGUUUUGUUCCGGAAUUCACAACAAGCUACGUACCCAGAACACGGAAAACAGUUGUCGCGAAAUCACAGCAACAAGUUAUAAAAAAAAUAAUAACCGUGAAAGAUCUCAAACAAAUUGAGAAACCUAUGAGCAAUAAUUAUACAAAUAUCAUUAAUGUUAGCAAUUCUAAUCAAAAGUUCACCGUUGAUGGAUUCUCCGAAGGUGCUGCUGUACAAAUACAGCAAUGUACAAAUUGCAAAAUAGCACAGCCGUUGUUGAAAAAAACAAAAAUCAAUGCCAAAUCUAGACAAAAUAUUGACAUUAGUCAAGUUCUGACAAACAAACCAUCUGCAAAUAAUAUUUCCGCCAAGACUUCGAUAACAAAUAAUAGUUCCAAUAUUCAAGAUCCCAAAAAUUUAAAUAUCGCUUCAAUAAUCGAUCAGUUUUCGCAUUCUUUUGCUUCUAACAACAACAACAACAACAACAACAACAACAACAACAACAACAACAAAAUAGUUGUUAUUAAAAAUGACUCACAUAAGAUACUUAUCAGAAACAUUGAUACAGUACCAAUCAAAAAAGUGUUAUGCAAAUCGCCAUCAAAUAAUAGCGAUGCGAACGUCAACAUGCCAUUACAGACGUGUAAUACAAAAACCACGAAAAAAAACGAUUGGCAAAUGGUGAUAAGAAAUGGAAAGAAGUAUCUCAUUAAAAUGGUAAAAAAUACUGCAAACAAUGUAAACCAAUCUAAUUUAUCGUUGGUCUCAAAAACUAUUACAAAACCAUCUGAUAAUAUUUCAAUAACGAACGUUAAUAAAAAAACGUAUGAUAACAAAGCUGCGGAUAACGGCAUACAGCAGGUGGUAUCUUCUUCCAGCAAUAUCGCUCGUUUAACACUUCCAUCUCCCGAGAUAUCCAUUAGUUCUGUUCAGAAGUCUACUAAUACUAGAACUUCAACUACGUCUCAAUCACAACAAAAGAAAAUUGUCAAUCAUUCUUUUAACGUUUCUUUGGAUAAAUAUUCACUAUCAGAUUCUAAAUUCAGCACGUUAGAAACAAUAAUAUUUGGGCUAAGAGAAAAUAAUAUUUACAUGCAAAUACAAAUGCUGGAUCGUAAUAGUGUAGAUCGUAUUCGAAACUUCACUGAUAGAAUAUCAGUCUAUUCACAUCAAAUGAUAGACAGCUUCAAUCAGCUAAAUGUCUCCGAGUUAAAAGAACGCUUGGAACACUUGAAAAAUGUUACAGAAGAACUCAGGACAGUUUUGAACUUUACGCCAAAAGAUAUUAUUCUUAAUGAAAAACUGGCAAGGGUUAAUACUCUGCAACAGACGUUGGAAAAAUGUCUUUGUAAGAAAAGUGACGAUGAUUCUAAGAUUGAUGUAAAACUUGAGAAAUACGUCGAUGUAAAGUUAGCCGAAUGGGAAACGGAAGCCUCGAAGAAAAAUAUACGAUGUGUGAGAUGUAAUAAACCGAAAAAACCUGAUAUGUACAUUCCUGGAUUUUCAAAAUUGCCCAAGCACGAUCACGACUAUUGUCUUUGUUAUAAAUACGUUUGUCACGAGUGUCAAACAUACGAAGGUAAUAUGCCACGGUUUAUUGCACAUCGAAACUUUCAUAAGCAGAACCCACCUUUCAUCUGUCCGGAUUGUCACACUCGUUUCCCAUCCGCCACUUCGUUAGAGGUUCAUACAUGGACCGCUUGCUUUCACACGCUGAGAAAGCAUUUGUUUUGUUGUAAAAUUUGUAACAUAGAUGGUUUCAGAGACAUGGAGUCGAUUACCAGGCAUUUCGUUAUCAUGCACAGCGACACGAAAACUGCUUGUGAAUUUUGUUGGCUGGUGUUCUCUACGUACAGCGAGUGCGUAGAACAUUAUUCGAAGGAACAUUCGAUGCGGCAUGAGCCAAUACGAUUGGUAGUAUGCAAAAUAAGUAACGUUGCAGUACGUUGGGAGAAUUAUCUGACGUACUUGGAAGAUUUUCGUGGAAUUCGAAAGUUAACUUUUUUCAAGUGUCCUUUCUGCGAAUUGAUAACUGUAGAUAACCAACACGUUGAGUCCUUACUGAACAAUCAUCUUCGAACUCAUCAUUUUGAGAAGAUGUCGGAAAUUAUUAGUAGGGAAGCCUUUAAUCACAUAUUUAGAGUGAAAGUUGUGGAUGGUAAAACAUACGCACAAACAAGCAAAUUGUUACCUAACGAUGAUACGGUAAUGCCUAAAAUUGUUAAUACCCGGACAAUCUCUUCAGAAAUCUUCGAGUGUGGUUCCCAGGAUACAGACUCCUUGCUCGUAAAUUCCGAUGACUUCAGUGAUGCAAAUGUAACAAAUACAGCGAAAGACGACAAUCAUGAAAAAAUGAAAGAAUCGUUACCAAAAAUUUUGAACGUUGUUUCAAUGGCCGACUUAAAAGCGCCUACAGCUAAGAAGGGAAUUAUUGUACCUGAGACCAAAUCUCAAUCUAUUCAAACUGACAUAGUUGAAGACAAAACAACAGAUCAGUAUAAAGAUGUAAAAGAAACGCCAAUGGAAGUAGAUGCCUUCGAGACUAUGGAAGAGACUGAAACGACAAAAAAGUCUGGUAAAUUUAACAGUGAACUUGUUACUUCUCACACUUCCGAGAAACUUUUAUUAACAGACGCAAAUGAUAUUUGCGUAAAUUUGCCGAGCAAAAACGAUUCAAAUUCCAAGCCCGAAGCAAAAACAACGUCACGUAUAAAGGUGGUUGACUUUAGGAAGAUCUGCAAACCGGAUGUUACAUCGUUCAUUGACGCCGAGAUGCGCGACGCACGAAUAGAAGAUACAAACUCAAAUUGUCUUAUUCCUAAACCUCCUCCGCUUACGAAGAUUCCACAACAUACCGUAGAAGCGAAUAAGUCGAAUAACGACUCAGAGAACGUUGGGAAAAAAAAAUCUCAGAAUCUUCUUGUUCCGACAGUUGCUAAAUCAAAAAAGCGUAUUGCCAUACACGGGACGCGAGACGGAGAUGUCGAGUAUACAUGCCAUUUGUGCAACGAGCGGAUUAAUACUUCUUGGUCAGUAGUACAAAAGCACUUUGACGAGAAGCAUUCAAACGAAUACGCAUUGGCGGUAGUCGCUCCGCGGACAUUGCGAAUGUCUUCGGACUUUAUCAACGGCGGCUACAAGGCAUUUAUUUGUGGAGAGAAGCGGAAAGCAGACAGCACAUUAGGGCCUAGUUUGUCCACGCCCAAGAAGAAGCGGCGAUGGACGACGAAAAAAUGCCACGAGACAGAAAAACCCACGGGAUUGUGCGUGGAACAGGAGACGGCCGAAGACGGUGAGGGUAAUUUUAGAUGUAAAAGAUGCGAUCAACGGUGCACCGAUAUGUCGAAUUUGAGAGAACACAUUGCCACCAGUCAUCGAAUAAAAGAUAGUUAUUUUAUCUGUCUGGAAUGUGGCGAGAACUUCAUGGUCACGCCUAGUCUGCAGAUGCAUCUUAAGGCUUUCCACGGUAUAGACGAUCCUAUCAGUUAUAUGAAUCAAAAUCCUUCUUACGCUCCCGGUGCCGGUGGCGAUACGGAAGAGGAAGGAAAAACGGAUAAUCAGUGCUACGUUUGCAAGGCAAUAUUCGAGGACAAAGCUGCGGUAGACAAACAUCUGAGGGUUCACGGGAUGGCUUUUCUGAAUCGCAAAAGGAUAGAGGCAAGAAAUGCUCAGAAGAGUCCGGAAAAGAAGAUCACAGAGGAUGAUAAACAAGUCAGCAUCAAAAAAAAUCCGAAGAAUGUCGUGAAACAGGAGAAACCGUUGGAAACACUUCUGGAAAAACUUACUGCAGCAAUAUAGCUAUCACAAAAUGGAAAAGCAAGAAACCGGUAUUUAAUAUGAUAAGGUCAUCAAUUUUGUUCGUUUAAUUACUUUAUAUAUAUAUAUAUAUAUUAUUAUAUAUAUUAUACA